AUGGCGUCCACAACAUCAGAUAUCCCUGUGCUGCUGCUCAAGACAAAGUCUAUCCCGGCUGAUGGCUAUCAAGAGAUCUUCGCUGGCUGGAACAACUAUCAACCAACUUUUCUACCAGUUCUUGAACACCGCUUUAGAGAGGAUGCUCUGAGCUGGCUGAAGAACAUAACUUCAAACCGGGGCUUCAACUCUAAUACUGCUGCUGCGACUGCCGAGUCAAGUUUUGGCGGCAUCAUCUUCACUUCACAACGUGCUGUCGAGGCGUUCUCAUCCAUAGUCGAGUCACUAGAUUCUGACACUAGAGAUGAACUCCUGCCCGAAGCUCUACCAUUAUAUGUUGUUGGCCCAGCUACUGCCAGAGGAUUGCGGUCAUUAGGGUUGAAAUGCCCAAUCAUUGGAGAAGAGACCGGUAAUGGUGCUGCCCUGUCAGCCUUCAUGCUGGACCACUACAACAGCCUUCCCACCAGUCAAACGGUAAGGCAAGAUCAAAAGCUUCCCCUUUUGUUCCUGGUAGGCGAAGUGCGCAGGGACAUCAUUCCCAAAUCCCUCCAGUCCCCUGACUUGCCUCAAGAAGCUCGCAUCGGGGUUCACGAGGUUGUCAUCUACGAGACUUGCGAGAUGGCAUCUUUCCACGUCGACUUUGCUCAUGCUCUCGCGGAGAAUGCUGCGUCCGGUGUCAAGGAGCAGUGGGUAGUAGUCUUCUCACCUCAAGGAUGCAGAGCAAUGCUCGAUUGCUUAGGAUGGCUCGACGAGGGGGGCCGCUACAAUUCAGAGAUGGCAGAUUCAUCGCCAACCACAACGUUCACUGCAACCAUUGGUCCUACGACACGCGAUCAUCUGAUCAAAGAGUUCGGAUAUGAGCCGCAUGUGUGUGCCGAGAAGCCCAGUCCAGAAGGCAUAUUCGCUGCCAUAGAAAACUAUAGAAGCACAAAUACAAGGACGCAAUUAUAA